AUGUGUGAUGAUGCUGAAAAUGAACAGAGAAGGGAGGAGAAGGGGAAGGUGACGGAGAAGGUGCCGUGCAUAUUCUUCUUCGGGGACUCGCUGACGGACAACGGGAACAACAACUACCUGGCUACAUUGGCCAAGGUUAAUUAUUGGCCGUACGGGAUUGACUAUCCAGAUGGCCCCACCGGCAGAUACAGCAACGGCAGGAACGCCCCUGAUUUCAUUGCUGAAUUGUUGGGGUUUGAGAAGGCCAUUCCGCCAUUCGCAACUGCCAGAGGCCCCGAGAUUUGCAAGGGCGUGAAUUAUGCAUCUGGAGGCUCUGGGAUCCUCGACCAGACCGGCCGCCUUCAGGGCGGCAGAAUCCCUUUGGACAGGCAGGUGUUGAACCACGGGAUGACGGCGUCGAGAGUGGCGUGGAUGAUGCGGAACGCCAGCAAGGCGAGGGAGCACCUGGGCAGGUGCCUCUACAGCGUCAACAUGGGCAGCAACGACUACAUCAACAACUACUUCCUCCCGCAGUUGUACCCCACCCAGGCCCGCUACUCCCCGGCCCAGUUCGCCGCCCACCUCUGCGCCCACUACUCCCGCCAGCUCAGGGCGCUCUACAGCCAAGGCGCCAGGAGAGUGGUCAUCUACGCGGUCGGCCAGGUCGGCUGCAUCCCCCAGUUCAUGUCCACCACCAAACACAAAGUCAGGAAGCACCACCACCAGAAUGCCACCAGCUGCGUCCUGCUCUACAACAAAGACGCAGAGCUAUUCAACCACAGGUUAGUGCACCUCGUCGACUCCCUCAACCGCGACCACCCCGACGCUAACUUUAUCCUCAUCAACACCACCAGCAUCACUUCCUCAACCACAGGUCAGCCACCGGGGAUAUCGGAUCAUUACUAUUAUUAAUAAUUGUUGUUGUUGUUGUUGUUAUUAACAUCAUGCAUGCAUGGAUGGAUCGAUCAAUUAAUCAGAAAUUAGAAAUGU